CAGCUGCAGAGUGAGUUCAACGGCAGCCAGGUGUGUCUGCGUUUCUCUGCAGUCAUGACUAGCGUUCGAGUGAAGAUGGGGUGAGUGGAUGUGAUGUCAACGUGUGUUCUGUCCUGCCAGGAAUCCUUUAACAAAGCAGUGGAGGAGGUUAAAGUACUGAAGGAGAAGCCAAACCAAACAGAAAUGGGCGAUCUGUACGGUUUAUACAAGCAAGCCACAGUUGGUGAUAUCAACACAGAACGUCCAGGGUUCUUUGACUUCACAGGAAAAGCGAAAUGGGAUGCGUGGGAUGCAAGAAAAGGUCUGUCCAAAGAGGAAGCAAUGGCCGAAUACGUUGCUUUGGUGGAGGAGCUCAAGAAGAAAUAUGGAAUCUAGAUUCUUUCUCUGAAAUAACGAGUGCUUUUUUUUAGUCACAUGUCCAGUUUGUUGAUUUAAAAACUUCAAAAUGGAACAAAGUUUAAGCCUGACCUCAUGCUGCUGCACGUUUUGGUACUUUAUUAUCUUGUGCAUGUAGAUACUAGAGAAUGACCAUAUUUGGAGGAACCUCUGAGCAGUCUUUUGGCAGGUAAACCGUCCUCUGUGGAGACCCCUGCCUCAACUUUGUACUCAGCUCAGCCUUCUAGCUCAAGCUUAUUCUUAUUAAGCACAGACAUGACUACAGUCCCAGUAUUCUUGCCUCUCACAAAGCAGGUCAUAAGUGCAUUUUUUUUUUUUUACUUUUAAAUGAUUCUGACUAAACUGACUCAAAAAUAAAGACGCGUUCUUUA